UAUAAAUCGUUCGUGAUGCUCUCUAGCUCUCAACGUUGCAAACACAAGAAGAAGAAGAAGAAGAAAAAGAGAAAAAAAAAAAAAAAAUUCCAAAUUCCACCCCCCACGCACACUGCAUUGUGCUGGUAAAAAAGUUUGCCAUGAAGCUAACAUCUAGCAUCCUCUUCGGGCUCAUCAUCAUCUUCUGCCUCCUCUCGAAAUUCACCAUCGCGGUCGCCAUUGUCGGCGGCGGAGGGCGGUGGGAGGUGCUGCAGAAGAGUAUCGGCGUGUCGGCCAUGCACAUGCAGCUGCUGCACAACGACCGUGUGGUAAUAUUUGAUCGCACCGACUUCGGCCCCUCCAACCUCUCCCUCCCCGACGGCCGCUGCCGGCACGACCCCAACGACCGCGCCCUCACCACGGACUGCACCGCGCACUCCGUCGAGCUCGCCGCCGCCCCGGGGGCCAACAGCAGCAGCGGCGCUUCCUUCCGCCCGCUCACUGUCCUCACCGACACCUGGUGCUCCUCUGGCUCCGUCGCCCCCGACGGCACCCUCGUCCAGACCGGCGGCUUCAACGACGGCGAGCGCGUCGUCCGCACCUUCGCGCCGUGCGGCGACUCUCAGUGCGACUGGUCCGAGGCCGCCGACGGCCUGGCCGUCCGCCGCUGGUACGCCAGCAAUCAAGCCCUCCCCGACGGCCGCGCGAUCGUCGUCGGCGGCCGGCUGCAGUUCAAUUACGAGUUCUACCCGAAGGCGAAUCCGUCGGACCGCACUACCUAUCCCCUCGAAUUCCUUAAAAAGACGAGGGAUCAGCCCGAGGAGAACAACCUCUACCCGUUCGUCCACCUGAACGUGGACGGCAACCUUUUCAUAUUCGCCAACAACCGCGCCAUUCUGCUGGACUACAAGAAGAACGUGGUGGUACGGAAUUACUCCGAAAUCCCCGGCGCCGCCCCGCGGAAUUACCCGAGCUCCGGCUCGUCCGUCCUGCUGCCGAUCGAGCCGCCGGGCACGGAAGCUGAGGUGCUCGUCUGCGGCGGCGCGCCGGUCGGGUCCUACCUGCAGGCCAAGAACGGAGGCCGCUUCGUAGGCGCGCUGCCGACGUGCGGCAGGAUUAGAAUUACGGACGCGUCGCCGUCGUGGGCGACGGAGACGAUGCCGGCGGCGCGAGUGAUGGGCGACAUGGUGCUGCUGCCGAGCGGGGAGGUUCUGAUAAUCAACGGCGCGGCGGCGGGCACGGCCGGGUGGGAGCUCGGCCGGAACCCGGUGUACGCGCCGGUGGUGUACCGGCCGGACUCUCCUGCCGCCAGCCGGUUCGCGGUGCAGAGCCCGGCGGGUGUCGCGCGGCUGUACCACUCGUCGGCAGUGCUGCUCCGCGACGGCCGCGUGCUGGUCGGCGGCAGCAACCCGCACGUCUACUACAACUUCUCCGGCGUCGACUACCCGACGGAGCUCAGCCUCGACGCUUUCUCGCCGGCCUACCUCUCCGCCGAGAAUUCAAAUUUCCAGCCGAGAAUUAUCACGACACCCGCGCCGCUUGCGUUGGCCUACGGAGAACAAUUCACACUCCGAUUCACGGCGGCAGCGAUCAAAGGCGGCGGCAGAGGCGACAAUGGCGGGGUGAGGGUGACGAUGGUGGCGCCGGGGUUCGCGACGCACUCGUUCUCGAUGAACCAAAGAUUGCUAGUUUUGGAGACCAAGAGGGCGACUGCGGUGGUCGGAGACGGGGAGUACGAGGUGUCGGUGGCGGCGCCAAAGUCUGGGAACUUGGCGCCGCCGGGGUAUUACAUGGUGUUUGUAGUGAACGGAGGGAUUCCGAGUGAGGGUAUAUGGGCGCGUAUACAGUGAGGGUGCGUAUACGUA